AUGACUUCCAUCAUUCAGCGCAUUUUCCACCAUCAUGCUGCUGAUGCAGACCCUUACGAUGCCCGUGGCCGAUCUGGCCGCUGUCAGUCGAGCUUGCUUGGAGCUUGUUCCCUCCGUUUUGCCUCCGUUCCUGUCUCCGUUCCUGGCCCCGUCUCUGGCGACACCUCCCUCGCCCUGGCCCGCCUCCAAGCCCGCCAGGUGAACCCAUAUGGCGGCUCCGGUGAUCCGGAGUGGAAAGCAAAGCGAGACCACGACUCGCUAAUUAUCUUCAUCGUGGUCUUGCUGUUUCUGGCGGCGAUUGCCGCAUACUCCCUCGUGUCCUGGCGACUAGGGCUGAAGGGGGUGGACUGUUUGUGGUGGUGCCUCCGCCAACUAAAUCCCAUGAACCAUUGGGAGGCGUGGUGCGCGUUCUGGAAAGACCGCACCCGCCAACGCCGACGCCGUCGGGAGGGCAUCGAACUGCAGCCCUACCCAGGCCCACCACCAGACGCCCCCUAUCAGCGCCUACCCUCUCCUGCCCGUCCCGCCCCUGCCCUCAUCCGACUUGGGCGUUUUCGUUUCCUCGAAAGAAGAGGGGUGUAA